GGAGGAGCCUUCACUUCACUUCACGCUGGGACACGGACAAACAUGUACUGGGACUCCGCCAUCAAGCCCGAAGCCCAAAUAAAGAUGGAGGUGUGCCAGAGUGGCUUCUACUCGGAGGACUUUAAGACCCAGGAGGUGCCGGCGGGCUUCGACUUUGCAUCGUUUGACUACGCUGGUGAAGAUGUGUCUUUUCUGUUAGACAGCAGCAAGGCGUCCGCGCAGCCGCAGCAGUUUCCGCUCGACGGCUGCUAUGCGGAGCCCCCGAAAGUUAACUCAAGUGACAUGGGCCUCUUCAACCUGGACUCCUUCCAGGAGUUCAGCUGGUGGACCUCUUAUCCGCCGGACGGGCUGAUGGUGGAGCAGCCCCAAGCGGGCAGCUACCAGGAGCCGGGAGCCCCCCAGAGCUACCAGAGCCUGGCACCCCAGAGCGGGCAGUUCAGCCCGGCCGUGGAGGGCAGCCACAGUCCCUUCCUGAGCGGGAAAAGCGAGGCGGACUCGGGCUAUUCUCGCCACCCGGCAGACCUCUACCCGGACUCGGACGGACGGAGGAGAGGCUUCUGGUCUGACUACUCCCCGGCCGGCUUCGGCGGCCCCCCGCCGCACCCGUCCACCCCCGCCGUCUGCCCCGCCCCCACCAACGCCGCCGCCGCUACUACCGCUACCCCGCAGACGCCAGACCACUACUACCCCCGCGUGGCUAAGCGCAAAAACAUGCAGCGUCCCGAGAGGGACAGUCACAUGGCCGCCAUGUCCGCUUACCCAGGUUCUGGCCCCAUUCAGCUGUGGCAGUUUCUUCUGGAACUUCUCCUGGACUCCUCGUGUCGCACCUUCAUCUCCUGGACGGGGGACGGCUGGGAGUUUAAGAUGUCCGACCCCACCGAGGUGGCCAAGCGCUGGGGCCAGUGUAAGAACAAGCCCAAGAUGAACUACGAGAAGCUGAGCCGGGGCCUUCGCUACUACUACCACAAGAACAUCAUCCACAAGACGGCGGGCAAGCGCUACGUGUACCGCUUCGUCUGCGACGUGCAGGGCAUGCUGGGAAAGACGGCGCAGGAGGUGCUGAGCGGCCUGAACAUUCUGCCCGCCGCCGCCGGCACGCCGUCCGUGGCGUCAGAGUUCAGCGGCGAGCGGUGGGACUGACGAUAACGGAACAAAACGGAGGACCGUGGACCGCUUGGCGCGUGAGUCAUGUCGUGUACACAGUAAGUGACAUUUUCGGAUGGAUUCACCGCGAAAGGUCAGCGUGUCAAGCUCGGGGCCGAGGAGGCAGUUCAAGCACUACAAAGAGGAACGUGAAGUGAAGUCACAGCGGGAGUAGUCGAGUAUUAGGGCCACACUCGAAAGAUCAAGACCAAAAAAAAAAAAAAAUGCAUAGUCCAUGGGGUUGAAGUCAUACAGUCAGAGUAUGUAGGUGGGUGGAAAAUCCAAGGGAAAUUCAAAAUUUUAUGAGAAAAAGAAAAGGGAAAAAAAACCCAAAGUUGUACUUUUAUGAGAAAAAAAAUCAAUCAAAAAUCAUAAUUUUCCAGUUUUAAUUUCCAAAGGAAAAAAAUACAUUUUUGAUAAACCACGGCAUCAUUUCACAUGGGUAAAUUUGACAUUUUCAAAGACUACUGUCAAUUUGACAAGAAAAUGCAUUUUACAAGAUGUUUUUGGAAUACCAUUGCAAUAAUAGGACAAAAAAUACAUUUUGUUUGAUAACAAAUACAUUUGGAAUAUCAUAAAUUUUCGCUAUUUUUGUAUCUUGCCAUUUUCUGAAACUAACAAAAAAGUGUUUUUAUUAAAUUAUGACAAUUUUUUUACUGUUAUGAAACGAAAAUGGGGCGUUUUGUGAAAAAAAUUGCAAUACGGUGACAAGUCGUAAAAAAUGUUAGUUUUCUUUGACAAGAAAAGUUGUACUUUUAAAAAGGCGAUUGAUUCUAAAUAAUGACAGACAAAAGUAAAUAUUUUAGGGAAAAAAAUUGCCAAAACAUUCAAAGUAACAUGACAAAAAUUAGCACAGUUGCAAGAAAAAAAAAAUCAGCAUUUUCCAAGAAUAUACUGCCCAAAUUUACAAGAAAAAAAGUUUUGUGAGUACUUGCAAUAUUAUGACAAGAAUUUUAAAUUUGCCAAGGUUAUAAAAAAACAUGACAAAACCACACUUUAAAAAAAAUUACAGUUUUAAAUUUGCCAUUUUCUGUGGAUAGUCACAAAUUCCAAAACUUUCAAGAUUUUAUUCUUGCAAAAUUGCAAUUUAUUUUCAUUUACAUUUUUUGAUGUAUGACUUUUUCUUAUUAAUGUAAGACCCUAAUACUCUGUGGAAUUUACUGGGGGUUCUGUAAACAAAAGUAUUUGUAAAUAGUGUUCAUACGUUGGUGUUUUGUGCAUUUAUUCUAUUUUAUUUUAUAUAUAUAUAUAUGUAUACAGAACUCAGGUCUACCUCUGUUUUCUAAUUACGGUAAUAAAUUGUACUGAUUUCUACAUUUGUCGUGUAUUUCCUGUCUGUGAUGAUUGUGCCAAUAAAAUUGUCUAUAAACAAACACUUGUGUUUACAAAUAUUGAAUGCUUGUUAAGGUUGUAUUAGUUAGAAAUGUUAUUUUUGUACACUUGGUGAAAUGUGUACAGAUGUACUCCUUUUAAAGAG